AUGAGGAUGAUAACUUCGGCGUGUGGCAGAGUGGAGGCGGUUUCGGUGAGGCGGACAGAGUCUGCCGAGGCUCAGCACAUCAGCAGCCUGAUCAGCCCGGCAGCCGAGGCUCUGUUUGGCAGGAUCAAUGUCAUCCAUCUCCUAGAGAAAGCCAACCUGGCAGUGACUGUGGCCACCGACAAGAACAGGAUCCUGGCCCACGCUUCCUUCUUCGAUCACCCCAUCGGAGACAUGGUGGACCAGGCUCAGUGGGAGCCCUUCCUGCACAAACACUUUUCCACAGAAAAAUGCACGCCUCUGAACACGCUCUUCCUCCACCUGUUCGUGGCUCAGCCCAUCUUCGCCACAGAAAGCGCAAAGGAGAUAGUGAGAGCUGUCUUCAACGCCGUCACAGAGCUGGAAUACAUCUGCCUGCUCGGCCCAAACAUCAGCGUCUUAGAGCCGGCGCUGGAGGAGGUUUUCGAGCCGAUGGAGUGCCUGAGCGAUCCCGGCCCGCGGUGCUCAGCUUUGGUCUGCCGCAGACACAAGUACUGUCCAAGGCUGCACGUCCGCCCAGCCAGGGUCGAGGAUUUUGACGAAUUCACACAAAUAUUUGCAGAGCGGACAAAAGAACUGUCAAACACGGAGCGGCUGCACUUCCUGGCAGAGCUCAGCGAGGCCCCGGCCGAGGACAAACACGCAGCUGUCUGUGAGAGCGAUGGAGUCGCUGUUGGCUACAUCAGCGUGAGCGCCGACGUUAAUCUGGAGCUGCUGAAUGACUGCUUUGAGCUCAGCGUGUUCGACGGCCUGUACAAACCACAGCAAGCAGAGCAGAGCCAACCUGCUGCACGAGAGCCAGCCGGGCAAACCCAGAGCCCCGGUGUGCAGGAUGGGACCGAGCAGGCCUCGGUGCAGCAGGCAGGCGACGCUGAAGACUCCGAGGUGCAGAGUGAAGAUACAGAGCAGCAGGACGACACACAGUCCGCUGCACCCAGAGCCUGUUCAGACGAGCCCAACGCCUUCUGCAUUCAGCUGUUCAGCAUCGACAAGAACUAUGAAAUGAGAUCAGCGGACUUCCUCCCACACAUCUUCAAACUUUUCCCUGACCGGGACUUCUGCGUCAUCACGAUACCGAAGCUGAUGCUCGAGUUUCCUCUGCUGCAGAGUUUCCUCAGGGUGGCGCCGCGUCCCAGCAGCACGGUGGCCCACGAGCUCUACAUCUUCCACCGCUCAGGCCUGCUCAAGAGCGUGGAGGUGAGGCGGGCGGCGUCUGCAGACCGGCCCGCUGUCUGCGCUCUGAUGGAGAGACUGGACCUGCAGGAGGCGCUGCUGGACCGCCUGGACCGCUUCUACCAGGAAGGCAGAGACCUGGAUGGGACGCCACUGCAGGCGUUCGUGGCCCAAGUGCAGAGCCAAGUUGUGGGGAUACUGAUCAUUAGAGAUGAGCAGGAUGUCGAGUACAUUCGCUCCCACUACAACAUCGAGAACUUCAUCUACUUCAGCCAUCACCGCCACGAGGAGCACGCUCGCUUGUGCCACUUCGCCCUCAACCCCGUCUUCCAGCACCACAGCAAGCACUUCCUGAAGGAAGCCCUGCGGCUGGCUCACAAAUCCUGCCUGUACCACCGCGAGUACCCGCCACUCAGCAGCCAGGAGAAUUCCUGUGCCCGUUCUCUCACUUCUGUCCUCCACUGCACGGUGCCUGUCCGCCCAAGAUGCCAGAUCAUCUACCCGCUGGAGGAGCUUGGCAUCAACGCUCCAUCCAGGCAGAUCACCAAGGACCAGGCACCGUUUGCACUUAACCUCAUCAGCAGAAAGUUAACCAUGGAGCCAAAGAUCACCGUUAACGCCAGGAUUGUGGUGGUGGGGGCGUCGGACACAGGUCUAUCCUUCCUUGAGGUGCUUGCAUUCUGCCCUCACCUGAGAUUCAACAACCUGACCCUGAUCUCAACAAACGGUUUCCCGGGCGACUACAACCAUGAGAAUGUCGGGUUUCUGUCCACAAGUCAUGCAUACAGCAGCAGCGACUUGGCCCAGCUGUCUCUGCGCUCCUGCGUCAGUGUGGUGACGGGGAAGAUGCUCGGCAUCGACAGGGAGGCCAAACAUGUGCUGGUGUCCGGGAGCAGGAAGGUUCCCUACGACCACCUCGUCCUCUGCACGGGCCUGCAGUACCAGGUCCCCUGUCCCACUGGUGUGGAUGUAAGCCAGCCCGUCACAAACAGCGAGCUCCAUCCUCCACCUGGCCUCCGCAGGUACACCGGCCUCGUGCCGUCCAACCUCUUCACCCUCAACGACCAGCAGGACUGCGAGGCGGCCCGUCGCUGGGUCUGCAGCAGCUUCGUGGGGCUGGAGGGUAACGCCGUAGUCUACGGCAGCAGCGUCGAUGUCUACACUGCUGUGGAGACCUUGCUGGGCCUCGGAGUCCGCGGGUCUCGUAUCCAUCUGGUCCUGCCGCCCUCCGAACCCAACACUUCCUGCUUCAGCGACCCCAACGUGGAGAAGGCGGUGGCAAAGGCCCUGGAGAAAUCCGAGGUCCAGGUCCACCGCGGCUGCCUGCUGGCCCAGAUCAACGACGGAGAAUCCCCUGAGCCGCUCACGGCGGUGUCAUUCACCACCGACGGUCACCCGCUCCGCCUGCUGUGUGGUGUUUUUAUCAACCUCUCCUGUGAAGGGGUCGACUACGACGCCUUCAAGAGCAUCAACGACGCUUGUUUGGUGUUCGACGGCAGACUGGUCAUCGACGCCUCCUUCCGCACCAACGACCCCGCCAUUCGUGCCGCCGGGCCGCUCACCAAAUUCUCGCGCCGCUACUACGCCGGCCGAUGUUGCCACGCCAGCUUCAACUCCAAGGAGGUGGGCCGGGACCUGGCCAACGCGCUGCUGCCUUUCUUUGACCCCACGCUGGAGCCUGCCGCCGACCCGCCACUCGACAUGGAUCGACUCGUCCCCGUGUACAAAGACGCCAAGAUCCAAGGCGGGAAGCUGCCUGGAGGAUACAAUUACCUGCACGUUAGCAAGCCGUCCUUGGAAAAGGGCUGUUUUGCCCAAAAUGUUGCAGGCACACACAUUGUGACGGGGCGAGUCGAGAUGGGGAACUACUUCUGUCUGCAUCUCAACCGCUAUGAAACGGUGGAGGCGAUCACCUGCCUGUCGCUGAAGCCCUUCCCCGUAUCUAAUUACCUGUGUCUGUACGGGAAACACCAGCAGCUGCUCAACCAGCUGUGCUCCCGCUACGACCAGGGCCUGAUCACCAACCUGUACAGCUUCUUUAAGGAGAGCUGGUGCCUGGCCAUUUAUCACGACCGCUUCCCCGACUUCGAGCCGGAGAUUCAGCAGAUCGUCGCUUCAGCAAAACUGCAGGACGGCGUCUCCGUGCCGGAGCAGAUUCGGCAGCUGGUGGAGGGGAAGGUGGACGUCGAGGAGAGUGCGGACGUGUUCCUGCAGAGGCUGUUUGAGAGGAGCGACGGCCUGGCGGCUCUGAAGAAAAGCACUCUGAACUACCUGAGGUACAACAGGAGCCAGCUGCCCAUGUUCGCCCUGCCGGGGCAGAGUGACCCCGCCUGCAGCCAGAAACAUUAA